AUGACUAAAGUGGGCCAAGCGAUUCGAAAUGGGAGUCAGGUUAUCCAGAUUGAUCAGAGGAGGCUCAGGGAGGCUCCGAGAGGCUCCAAGAGGCUUGGAGACGCUCAGGGAGGCUCCGAGAGGCUCCAAGAGGCUCCGAGAGGCUCCAAGAGGCUUGGAGAGGCUCAGGGAGGUUUGGAGAGGCUCAGGGAGGCUCCGAGAAGCUCCAAGAGGCUUGGAGAGGCUCCAAGAGGCUUGGAGAGGCUCCAAGAGGCUUGGAGAGGCUCAGGGACGCUCCGAGAGGCUCCAAGAGGCUCGAGAACGCUUCAAGAGGCUCAGGAACACACUCAAGAGGCUCGAGGAGGCUCCAAGAGGCCUCGAGAGGCACUGGGAAGCUCCAAGAGGCUCAGGAACAUUCCAAGAGGCUCGGGGAGGCUCCAAGAGGCUCCAAGAGGCUCGGGGAUGCUCCAAGAGGCUCUGGAAGGCUCUGGAAGGCUCUGGGAAGCUCUGGAAGGCUCCGAGAGGCUCCGAGAGGCUCUGGAAAGCUCCGAGAGGCUCUGGGAGAAAAGGCGAAUGCCAGAGGCGAGGCGGCGGCCCGAGGGGUGA